GGAAAGCGUCGCAACAAAAAGAAACCAGCCUCCGCUCGAGAGAGAUCGCAUCUGCCCUCCCUUCUCAACCCACCCCCAGCGACGCGGCCACCCCGAGACCGAGCAACCAACCCACCACCGCAGGGAGGAGAGAGCAAGAUGUCGUCGGGGUUCAGCGGCGAUGAGACGGCCCCCUUCUUCGGCUUCCUCGGCGCCGCCGCCGCCCUCGUCUUCUCAUGCAUGGGCGCGGCCUACGGGACGGCGAAGAGCGGCGUCGGCGUGGCGUCCAUGGGUGUGAUGCGGCCGGAGCUCGUGAUGAAGUCCAUCGUGCCCGUGGUCAUGGCUGGUGUGCUCGGUAUCUACGGCCUCAUCAUCGCCGUCAUCAUCAGUACUGGGAUCAACCCCAAGGCCAAGCCAUACUACCUCUUCGAUGGCUACGCGCACCUCUCGUCCGGGCUCGCUUGUGGGCUCGCUGGGCUUGCCGCUGGCAUGGCCAUUGGCAUCGUUGGUGACGCUGGAGUCAGGGCAAACGCACAACAGCCGAAGCUAUUUGUGGGCAUGAUCCUCAUUCUCAUUUUCGCAGAGGCGCUCGCUCUCUACGGUCUCAUUGUGGGCAUCAUCCUUUCAUCCCGUGCCGGCCAAUCCCGUGCGGAUUAGGCGCUUGCUGCUACCAUUCUAUAAUUACUGCUGUGCUUAUUAUGCUAUUUUGAGAGAAACUUGAACUCGAGGUUCUUGUCUAGUUAUUCAUGUUACCAUGUAUCAAUGAAACAUUUGUAGCUGAAGGAAGGUGGCACUUCCAGUCAUGUUUGUUUUGGUGGUGUCAAGCAGAGGUUAUUUUUUGGGUUAAGGCUGGAUGGAUGCUCCUGGGCUGAGUGGAUUUAAUUUUAUCCUUGGUGAAUAAAGAACACGGAAUUGUAGCCAAAUAAUAACGUGAUAAAUGAUAUAUAUUUCUUCGUCCCUUUACUA